GAGAUUAUUAUCAGAACAGCUACUAAUCUAUAAUGAUAGAGAAGUGGAAUUGGGAUUUGGGGCAAUGGCAUCCGGAGGAUCUUCUUCUGCUAAAGUGGCCGUUGUCGGAGCUGGGCCUUGUGGUCUCGUGGCUGCUCGAGAGCUCCGAAGCGAAGGUCUUCAGGCGGUGGUGUUUGAGAAGGGUGACCGACUCGGAGGCACAUGGGUUUACGAUCCCAGUAUCGAGAAUCUCCAACUGAGUGUGAGCUUCGAACAGGGUCGCCAAGGGGAAGAAGAAGAAGGUGUUGGGGUUCAUGUCCACAGCAGCAUUUACCAUUCGCUCCGGACCAAUGUGCCGAGGCAGAUCAUGGGCUUUUUGGAUUACCCAUUUCUCAAGGAAGGCCAUGGUGGAGACUCCAGAACGUUUCCUCGACGAGAAGAGGUUCUCUCCUAUCUGGAUGACUUCGCCAGAGACUUCCAACUCGUUGAGUUGAUCCGCUUCCGCACUGAAGUCGUCCGCGUGGAGCGUAAUCAUGGAAGCCCAAACGAAUGGAUCGUUCAAUCUCGCUCCUCUUGUACUCGGACCAACACUUCAGAAUCGGAAUCGAAAUCGAAAUCGGAGGAGCUGUUCACAGAGUUGUUUGACGCGGUGGUCAUCUGCAACGGCCACACUACGGAGCCGAGAUUCGCAGAGAUUCCAGGAAUUGAUAAGUGGACAGGAAAGCAAAUACAUAGCCACCAUUACCGAAUUCCUGAACCAUUUCGAGACCAGAUUGUAGUAUUGAUUGGAAAUGGCCCUAGUGCCCAUGACAUUUCCAGAGAGAUCUCAGAAGUUUCCAAGGAAGUCCAUUUAGCAUCAAGAUCCCCAAAUGUCAAAAUUGGGAAGUUGGAUAACCAUUGUAAUAUAUGGAACCAUUCAAUGAUAGAAUGUGUUUUUGAGGAUGGUAAGGUGGCUUUUCAAGAUGGGUCCUCAGUUUUUGCAGAUACCAUUUUCCACUGUACAGGGUAUAAAUACAAUUUCGCAUUUCUUGAAACAAAUGGAAUUGUGACUGUGGAUGAUAAUCGAGUUGGGCCCCUGUACAAGCAUGUUUUUCCACCCUGUUUGGCUCCUUGGCUAUCAUUUGUUGGCUUACCUACAAUGAUUGUCCCCUUCAUGACUUAUGGACUACAGGCCAACUGGGUAGCAAAGGUUUUAUCUGGCAAGGUGCUACUGCCAUCAGAACAGGAGAUGAUGAACUCUGUUGAAGAACUCUACCGAUAUAUGGAGGCGACAGGAAGACCCAAGCACUACACCCAUAAAUUUGACAAGGACCAGGAGAGGGUUGGGCAUGCCGACAGCUUUCGAUAACCUAGCAGCAUGCCACCAAUCGCAGGGCUGGACACAAGAGGACAUGGGGUCUUUUCCAAAAGAGGUGGAGAGAGGAUGACACAUGCCAAGCAACCUGGCAGCGUGCCCAGCCUUUUCCCAUAACAUAUUAAUACAACAGAGAAACAUUACUUAGAAAAUGGCUUUUGUUCAAAUCUCUCGCACACAACAGGAAGUUGCUUAUGCUUGUGAUGGUUUUGAUCUUUUGAACCAUACUUUUUGUGGCUCAUAUGACAUUCUUUGUGUUUUUUGCAGUCCAAGUACAGAAACUGGCUUGCCGCACAGGUGGGAUUGCCACCCAUUGAUGACUGGGUAGACCAAAUGGCUGCCGUUAUCUACAAGUUUCUUACGUCCGAUCUUGAUGGCUAUCGGGAUAAUUUCAAUGGGGACUACUGGAU